AUGUCACCAAAACAAAGAUAAUAAGCUUUUAUUCUCUUGACCAUCUCAAUCCUAAAGUACUUCACAUUUUAAAAAAUACUUCAUGGAGAACAUGGUAAUUCUUCAGGCACAACAACAACAACAACAACAACAACAAAACCCCCCAAAACCUGGAAGUUAAAAGAGGAGCGGUGAACAGCUAACUCUUUCUUGAAGACUGGAAGGUGGCUGUGGGUCGCGCGCCUUAACGUAGCCCUGCAGGGCAUUCGGGAUGUCGCCCUGGCUUUGGUUGAGGCAUCCCCCGAUCCGGACAGACGCCGCCUUUGUACUGCUUGAAGUAGACCACUGUGGGUUCGUAGCUGUGAUGCGUGAAAUUCACUGUCUUCUGUAAUACAUAUAACACCCUUGCCACUGCCUGCCAACCCCUGGGUUGCACUGUAGGGACAGGGACGCAAAAGCCCAGGGGGCCAGACACAAAACACUGGAGAAGCAACCUGGGUAGACCGACUGGGGUGGGGUACGGUGGCCUCCACAGUGGGAAGGAACGGUGAAUUCAGCCCUAGAGACCCGAAAGGCGUCCCGAGAUAUCUGCUUCUGCUGGGAUUAGGAUGUCUCAGUGAAGCUUCGGGCAUCUAUGACGCUACCAUCUUUUGCAGGCGUCCUAAAGUGGUAGAUGAGAAACCGGAUCGGUAUGGGGAUGUCGGGGAGUCUCGACCCCGGGUGUCCCCUGUAGGUGCCCGCAAUGCAAGGCAGACAUCCAAGACCUCAAUUUCCCUGGAAACUGAAACAGAGCAAAGGGGAUAAACCCCAGCCCUUCAUAGCUGGAGCGCCGAGAGGGGAAGGGCACCUACAGCCGCGAGGGUGGGGAUGCCAGAGAGCCCGCGUCAGCCCAGGGCGAGGGGUUCGCCCACCCGCGGAGUCGCGGCGUACAGCCGGGAACUUCUGGCGCGAAACGGCAGGCCCCGCCCGAGGAUCUGCGCGGGGUGCGGCCCCUAGCCCAGCCUGAGCGCAGCGGCGGCGGCCACUCCCUACUCCUGGCCCCCGGGUGAGCUUGCCGCUGCCCACCGCCUCCAAUCAUUACUCGGCUCCGAGCGCUUUAAAUAUGCAUGGGCGCGUCACGUUGUAUGAAUCCGGAUCGGUCCAUGGGGAGGGAGCCAGUAUCUAUAUAAAUGUGGCCAGGGUGGGCCGAGUAGAGAGUGGGGCGGGGGUCUGCAGCCCCGGUGACCGCAGCCCACGUUGGCAACACCGGUGAGUUGCUCCUCUCUUAGCUCUCCUUUGCUGCUUCUAUCAAAGGAAAGCUGACCCGGGGAGGAGGUGGGAGGCACCCGCGGAUGCCGGGCGGGAGUGGUGCUCGGCACCCCAGCGAAGGACUGGCAUUUGGGCCCAGAAGCCGUCGGACUAGAGGAAGGCACCGUUCCCUCGGGGCGUGUGGUCGCAGCCGCUUUCUCCCAGUCUGCUUCUAGAACCACGUCCUUUCCCGAGAUUUAUUAAUCUGUUUGGGCCCGCCAGUCCUAGGCCCUUUCCGGACCGAACAGGUGAGCCCUGCGCGCUCCGAGCCGCCAGAUCUCCGCAGGCUCGCCAUGUUCCCCUGGGGGCUGAGCUGUCUGUCGGUGUUGGGGGCGGCGGGCACUGCUCUCCUGGGCGCCGGCCUGCUGCUCAGCCUGGCGCAGCACCUCUGGACUCUCCGCUGGAUGCUGAGCCGGGACCGGGCCUCCGCCCUGCCCCUGCCCAAGGGCUCCAUGGGCUGGCCCUUCUUCGGCGAAACGCUGCACUGGUUAGUUCAGGGCUCCCGCUUCCACAGCUCCCGCCGGGAGCGCUACGGGACGGUGUUCAAGACGCACCUGCUGGGCCGGCCGGUGAUCCGCGUGAGCGGCGCGGAGAACGUGCGCCGGAUCCUGCUGGGCGAGCACCGCCUUGUGCGCAGCCAGUGGCCGCAGAGCGCGCACAUCCUCCUGGGCUCGCACACGCUGCUUGGAGCCUUUGGUGAGCCGCACAGGCAGCGGCGCAAGGUCCUAGCACGGGUUUUUAGCCGCGGGGCCCUGCAGCGCUUUGUGCCCCGCCUGCAAGGGGCGCUGCGGCGCGAGGUGCGUUCCUGGUGCGCGGCCCGCCGGCCGAUUGCUGUCUACCAGGCUGCCAAAGCACUCACCUUUCGCAUGGCUGCGCGCAUCCUCCUGGGGCUACGGCUGGACGAGGCACAGUGCGCGGAGCUGGCCCGAACCUUCGAGCAGUUCGUAGAGAACCUCUUCUCGCUGCCCCUGGACGUUCCCUUCAGCGGCCUGCGCAAGGGGAUCCGGGCACGAGAUCAGCUGCAUCGGUACCUGGAGGAGGCUAUUGCAGAGAAGCUUCGUGAAGACAAGGCUGCAGAGCCGGGUGACGCCCUUGAUAUGAUCAUCCACAGCACUAGGGAGCUGGGCCAGGAGCUCUCAGUGCAGGAACUGAAGGAGACGGCUGUGGAGCUCCUCUUCGCCGCCUUCCUCACCACGGCCAGUGCCAGCACGUCCCUCGUCCUGCUGCUCCUGCAGCACCCGGCGGCCGUCGCCAAGAUCCGGCAGGAGCUGGCGGCGCAGGGACUGGGGCGCGCGUGCGGCUGCGCGGCGGGGGGCGGCGCGGGGCCCGGGCCCGACUGCGGCUGCGAGCCGGAUCUCAGCCUCGCGGCGCUGGGCCGUCUGCGCUACAUCGACUGCGUGGUCAAGGAGGUGCUGCGCCUCCUGCCGCCGGUGUCCGGGGGCUACCGCACCGCGCUGCGCACCUUCGAGCUCGACGGCUACCAGAUCCCCAAGGGCUGGAGCGUGAUGUAUAGCAUCCGGGACACGCAUGAGACGGCCACGGUGUACCGCAGCCCGCCUGAGGGCUUCGAUCCCGAGCGCUUCGGCGCCGCGGGCGAGGAUGCGCGGGGCGCCUCGGGCCGCUUCCAUUACAUCCCGUUCGGCGGCGGAGCGCGCAGCUGUCUCGGCCAGGAGCUGGCACAGGCGGUGCUCCAGCUGCUGGCGGUGGAGCUGGUGCGCACGGCGCGCUGGGAGCUGGCCACGCCUGCUUUCCCCGCCAUGCAGACCGUGCCCAUCGUGCACCCGGCCGACGGGCUGCGGCUCUUUUUCCAUCCGCUCGCGCCUUCAGCAGCGCGAGAUGGGCUACGCCUCUGA